AUGUAUCAAUCAAACGGAGAAGCCCAACAGAAAUCAGCAGCACAAGCAGCUGCACCAUAUCCUUCAGCAACUACAAAUGGUGGUGGGCAAAACCCGAUCUUUAAUGGCAACAUUAAUGGUAGUAGCACUCCUACAGAGCCUUGGUCCACUGGUCUGUUCGAUUGUUUCCAGGAUCCCAAUAAUUGCCUCAUCACCUGUUGUUGCCCCUGCGUUUCCUUUGGGCAGAUUGCUGAGGUUGUAGACAGAGGACAAUCAUCUUGUGCGAUGGCGGGCAUCACCUGGUACGCGUUGGCAAUAUGUCAUUGUGCAUGUCUCUACUCAUGUACAUUUCGAACAAAGCUGAGGGCACUCUAUUCGUUGCAAGAAGAUCCAUGUGCAGAUUGCCUUGUUCACUGGUGCUGCAUGGGUUGUGCCCUUUGUCAAGAGUUCAGGGAGCUCAAGAUCCGUGGUGUUGAUCCUUCUAUUGGUUGGCAAGCCAAUGUUGAGAAGUGGAACAAAAGUGCUGCUACAACUCCCCCAACUGUUAAACCAGGCAUGACUCGUUAGGCUUCAAGGGAAGAACUACUGCAUCCGGCAUCAACAUUA